AUGGCAUCAUCCGCUACCGAAAUUGAGCCAUUACUGGCCAGUUCGAUGAGAGCUUUGCGGAAUCAAACCACCCUUCAAGAUCUCAUUGCAGCUUAUCCAUCUUUGAAGGAAAAGUCGCUUUCAUCUCCUUCGAGUUUGACAGAGUUGGAACGUCGCGUGUUCCUUGAUCUCCCAGAUCCGGAAAUUGAAAGUGCCAAUAUAAGUGCAGCAACAAAUAUUUCACGGGCUGAAUUGAUAGAGAAAGCAGUUACCAAUCGCGGUAGCCUCACAGAUGCAGAGGUCUUGGUUUUGAAAGAUCGAUUCUGGGCAUCACCCACCCAAGAGGAGAACUCGAGGAUAACUGAUGGGUUCAUGGAUUUAAGUGAAGAAGCGGGCGACGAUUUUUUUGAUGCCAAAGCUCCAGCUUAUCUUGAGAACGAGGAAGAAGCUUUCAACAUUGGUAUUCAUGAGUUCUGGGGCCGCGAGAAAGCUGUGCGGAAUUAUCAAUUAAAUGAUGUACUCAAUGCAGCCUUGCCAUACGCGCCGGAAUGGAUAAAGCAGCUCUACAAGGAGGAAAAACAGCAAUGGGGUUUUAUAUGUUUUUAUGAUGCUGCUGCUCAAACCAUCGAUGCAGAACGCCUUGAGGAAUUCCAAUUUGCCUUAGGUAGCUUUUUCGAACAUGCACUUCGGUUCAAUGGCUCAAAAGAUAUCAUCAACGCCAAGUGGAAAUAUAUGACGUUUAAUGCGCCAGCCACUGCCUUUGCGCAUACUGCAACUUCCAUGCAAACUGAAGACCACAGUGGUGGGAUUACCUUUCAGGAUGUCGGUUCCCAGGAAAUUUUAGAAGACCCAGAAAAAUACCAAAGAAGGGAAGAUAUAAUAUCGACCACUGAAUACACAGGUGAUCUUGAAGAUGGAAUUGCCGGUUCCGGGUUUCUCACAAAUACAUUUCUUGUAUUUGAUCCAGUCUGCAUCGACUUAGUGGUGGAAUCGGGAUAUUUCUAUGAUAACAUGCGUGUCUUAGCAUUCGAGGCUGAGUUUCCAGUGCCAGGAAGAACAUACGUGGAAGGAUAUCAAGAUCAGUUGGUGUACUACUUCUACGAGCUCAGGAUGAAAAACGAGCCUGGCAUGGAUAAGAUAUGGGAGGCGGCGCAAAAGAGUCAAAACAGUGCAUUUGUUGUCAUGGACCCCGAGGAGGCUUUGAAUUGGUCGCGUUCUAACCAUCAAACGGCAUUCACCUCCGAUAGUAUACUCGGAAAAAGAUGUUAUAUCAUAAGAGAAGCUCAACAGAGUUGA